AGAGGGACGCUGGCCAUGCCGAAGAACGAGGACAUUCACCAGUUCUGUCUCCUCCUGAAAAACGGCGCGGACGCUAACAGCAAGUUCUGGAUAGGCCUGACGGACGUCGGGACGGAGGGACAGUGGCGUUACGCGGACGGGACGGCGGUGGUGGGAUUCAACAAGUGGAAUACCGGGGAACCGAAUAAUUCCGGAGGGAACGAGGGCUGUGGCGAGUACCUCCCAGCCGGCAACGACAUGUGGAACGACUUGGACUGCACCCGCCCGCAGAAAUUCAUCUGCCAGACAAUUCUACCCUGAGGAAACCUGCCUUCCAAACAGUGCACGGGUGGAAUGUACUUCAACUGGAGGCGGGAGAAAAGCAGAUGUAUUGAUGUCGGACAAGCCAAAUUGAUUGCAAAUAAAAGACGAAUAAACGCAAUAAAUGAUCAAUGCA